AUGGGAGUCAUUGCGAGCACUCCAGGACCUGUUAAAAUAUAUCUCAAAGACAUUGAGCUGUCAAAAGAAAAUUAUGUCAUAGAUUCAACGCUUUACAAUGGAAACCUCAAGUACGUUGUAAAGGCCUGCCUUUUAGCUUCAAAAAACAAGAAAUUGAAGACAGCGGUUUUCAAACUGUACCUCCCAGGCGUCAAAAGUGACCACUUAAGCAAAGCAAUAUCCCAGGCCUUAGAAAAACUCGAAAGCGUCACUAUUUAUGGCACCGGGCUUGAUUUUUUCAGCAAAUCUAAGUGGAUUGUGUAUUGAAGAAACGCUAGAGUUGAUACAUUAUCAAUAAAGUUCGAUAUAUCUGAUAGUGCUUUCCAAUAUCUCUGCUCAGGACUUGAAGGAAAUAGGUUUAUUAGGGAGCUAAAUUUCAAAAUCUUGAGCUUUGCCCAGCUUUCUCAGCUUGAGUGAGCUUUGAUCCAGAACUCUACUGUCAAGGUUCUGGGCAUAAGCUGUGAGCCAAGAUCAGUAACAGUGGAUAAUGAAGAAAAUACUUCAGGAAUUUUAAGUUCUUAUGCACCCUCACAGGUAGUAACCCCAUCAAAUGCGUAUUUAUUGGCACAGAAUACCUCGAUUGAGACUUAUAUCCUUUCUGGGUACUUAGAAAACUAUACCCCAGGGCUUAUCCUUGGCUUAGCCGGGAACCAGACUGUGAUUAGGCUGAUUUUAGAGAAUAUUGAUAUGGACAGAGACUCUUUGCCAUUUUUCACACAAAUGUUCAUUGUGAAUAGUCAUAUAAAAGAAAUCGAGACCAGAUGAGGCUUCAACACUAUGAGCGCAAUGGUGCUUUUUUCAGGGCUAAAAGCAAGUUCUUCAGUUGAAAUUUUAAGGAUGAGGGAAUCAACUUUUUUUGAGGGAGGCUAUAUAAUGCUGAAAGAAAUGUUAGAAAGGGGUGUAAGUCCAACGAUCAUGGACUUUUGACAGUAUAUAUUUCAUCGAAGUGCAUUUGCUCGAAAAUUGGCUGAUACUUUUUGAUAAUGAGGCAUUUGACUGAAAAAAAGCAUUUAGAUUUUAAACAAAUGCCACAAUAUUUAAAAAUUUUCGACCAAAUGCACUUCGAUGAAAUGUACAUUAUUGAAAAACACUGCCAUUUGGCAUGGAGCCGUUAGAAAGAAACGAAAGCUUGAAAUACUUGGAGAUUAAGGAUAUGCUGCAUUUAGGGACAAAUUCGCAGAAUAUUGAUAUCCAAUGCAAGAAUAUGAUUUUUGUUAUAAAAGGGGUUACAGCUAGUAGAAGCUUACGAGACUUAAUUUUGUCAGUCCAUAAAAGCAAACUAGACUGUGAUCCAGAUGCUAGACAUUUUAAAAGUGAGGAAUUGAAGACCGAGCUAAAAAAGCUGCUUCAAGAAAAUAAGGUGUUAAGGUCACUGAAAAUUGAAAAUUUCAGGCUUGGAAAAGAAGAAAUCAAAGCUAUAGCAGAAGGGCUGGCAGAAAAUCAAAGUCUAUUGACCCUCUCGCUAAAUGGAAAUGAAAUUGACUGAAAAGAUUUAGAGUAUCUUGCCAGAAGCCUCAGGGAAAAUCAGGUAUUGAGAACGCUUGAAAUCGGACUUAAUAAAAUAUACGCCUGACACGAUAUCGUAAAUCUGUAUGGAGCUGCAAGUGCAAAUGACGCCUUGACCAACAUGAAUGACGUUUUCACUUCUCUUUCGAUGUCAAAAAUAAGGAACAUAAAGGUGACUGACUGGUUUUGGGAGGAAAGAAAAUACCCAGCAUCCAUUGCAGAUUUAGUGUUUGCCACUAAACAAAAAAUAAACGCAAACAGCAGAGAAGUCUAA